AUGAGAGUCAGAAAGCGUACAUCAAAAAGAACUUCUACUCGUAUGAGAGAGGGUAUCCAAAAAAAGGCUACUGCUCACAGAAGAAAGGAAAGAAAGUUUGCUAAGACAGAUGUAACCUGGAAAUCUAAGCACAAGAAAGAUCCUGGUAUCCCAGCAAAUUUCCCAUACAAACACAAAAUCUUGGAAGAAAUCGAGGCCAAGAAACAAAGAGACCUUGAAGAGAAAAGACUUGCCAGAGAAGAAAAGAAAAGAGCCAGAGAACAAGCUCUUGCUAUCGGUGAAGAAGUUAUGGAUGAGGAUGACAUAGAUGAAGAUGAUGGACAUUCCGGUUUAGCUGCUUUGGCAGAUUUUGCUCAACAAGCUGCUGCCGAUUUCGACGGUACUUCUGAAGCUACUGCUAAUGCGAACGGUCCAAUCGAGUAUGAAAGCAGAGACCUUGAUAUCAACUUUUAUGAUGAUGAUGAUGAUGAAGGUGAUUCCGAGUUAGAACAAUCCAGAAAAGCAUAUGACAAGAUAUUUAAGACUGUUGUGGAUGCUUCUGAUGUCAUCCUGUAUGUUCUUGAUGCUAGGGAUCCGGAAGGGACAAGAUCUAGAAAGGUCGAACAAGAAGUAUUACAAAGUCAAGGUAAGCGUCUAAUACUGAUUUUAAACAAAGUAGAUUUAGUUCCACCACACGUUUUAGAACAAUGGUUGAAUGUUCUUAAAUCUAGUUUCCCAACUAUUCCAAUCAGAGCUGCUCCUGGUGCCACAAAUUCAACCUCUUUCAAUAAGAAGUUAACUCAAUCAGCAACGGCCAAUGCUUUAUUAGAGGCCUUAAAAACGUACUCUAACAACUCCAACUUGAAAAGAUCAAUUGUCGUCGGUGUCAUUGGUUACCCAAAUGUUGGGAAGUCUUCUAUCAUAAAUGCCAUUACUUCUCGUCGUGGGGGUCCUUCAAAGGUUUGCCCUACAGGUAACCAGCCUGGUGUCACUACUGCCUUGAGGGAAAUCAAGAUCGAUAGCAAAUUGAAGAUUCUUGACUCUCCUGGUAUUUGCUUCCCUGGAGAGACCAAGGCCAAAUCCAAGGUUGAACAAGAAGCAGAAUUAGCACUUCUAAGUGCUCUUCCACCAAAGUUCAUACUGGAUCCAUAUCCAGCUAUCUUGAUGCUGGUCAAGAGAUUAUCAAAAUCUAACGAAAUGACUGAGAGUUUCAAGAAAUUGUACGAGAUCCCACCAAUUCCUGCAAAUGAUGCAGACACAUUCACUAAGCACUUUUUAAUUUACAUUGCACGUAAGAGAGGUAGAUUAGGGAAAGGUGGUAUUCCAAACUUAGCUAGUGCCGGUUUGUCAGUCUUGAAUGAUUGGAGGGACGGUAAGAUUCUUGGUUGGGUUUUACCAAACGCCUCCAAGGAAACACCAGAUGCUUCCCAAUCUAAUGUGUCCACUAGUACCAGUACUGGCACUAAAAGUGCCCCUUCUAAGGCUGAACAGACAACCAUUGUUUCGGAGUGGUCUAAAGAGUUUGAUUUGGAUGGUCUAUUCGGAUCUUUGGAUGCUGCAAUCGGUGCAGCAAACGACCAAGAUGCUGACAUGGCUUGA